AUGUAAUAUAAUAGAUUAGGAAAUACAGGUUUACUUGUUUCUUGUCUGGGAUUUGGUAAUAUGGUAAACUUUUAACCAUAGGAUGAGGAGAUGAAUAUAGCAAUAAUAAAAAGAGCAUAUGAGGCAGGAAUAAAUUUUUUUGAUACUGCAGAAUUGUAUGAGAUUAAUUAAGUUUGAUUAGUUAUGAAUAUGGAGAAGCAGAAAAAUAAUUAGGCAGAUCGAUAAAAAUUUUAAAGUUGCCAAGAGAGAAAUUAGUGAUAACGACGAAAGUGUUCAUAAAUUAGAGUCCAGGAGGUUUAGAUAGUUUUAAUAAGUUUUGAUAGGAUUGAAUGUUAAUAGAAUGUGUACUCUAAAUAGGAAGCAUAUUAUAGAGGCAGUAAAUAGAAGUUUAUAGAAUUUAUAAUUGGAUUAUGUGGAUAUAAUAUAUGCACAUUAAUUUGAUACAGAGACUUCAACUGAGGAAAUAGUGAGAGGAUUCAAUUAAAUAAUAGAAGAUGGAAAAGCAUUUUAUUGGGCAACAAGCAAUUGGAAUUCUGGAUAGAUUUAGGAAGCAAUAAAUUAUGCAGAUUUACAUGGAUUAAUAAGGCCAAUAGCAGAAUAAGGAGAGUAUCAUAUGUUAUAAAGAAAAUAAUUUGAAUAUGAUUUAGUAGGUUUAUAUGAGAAAUAUAAUUAUGGAACUACAAUUUAUAGUCCUUUAUGCGGAGGAUUUCUGACAGGGAAAUAUUUGGAUGGAAUACCAGAUGAUAGUAGAUGUGCAAAAGAUAAUGGAUGGAUGACAAAAGAAAGAGCUUAGAAUAGAUGGUUGUUAAAAUAUAGUAAUUAAUAUAAUUUAUACAGUAAAAAAUCCAAAGAAUUUAGAAGGUGUGAAGAGAAUAGUUGAAUUAUCUAAAGAAUUAAAUGUAACACCAGCUUAAUUAGUUUUGGCUUGGACUAUAAGAAAUAAGGAUAUUAAUGUUGCUAUAACAGGAGCAAGAAAUGUUACUCAAUUAGAAGAAUCUUUAGGAAGUUUAGAGUUACUUUAAAAAUUUGAUGAAAAACUAGAUGAGAAAUUAGAAAUUAUUUUUGAAAAUGCUCCUAAAUAAGAUUUAAAUUAUAGAACAUUUUAAUAAAAUAAAAAGAGAAGAUGA